UUCCGCACCCAAUCCCUGUUUGCAGCCGCCGCCGCCGCCGCCUCCGCCUCCGCCGGCGGAAUCGACUCUGUCUGCCGCAGGAAGAAGAUAAAAAACUGGUGGUCUCUUUUUUUGUCGGAGCGGGGAGAAUUAAAAUGAAGGUGCGGCAAUUCGUGAAUGUGGUGAUGCAAAAGUAUGGCAGAAGCAGCAGUUUGUAUACGGUGAGUCGCAUCAAGGCGGAGGAGCAACUCUUCUACCGAUCCACGGCGGAAGCACAAGCACCAGCAACAUCACAGCAAAAAGAGAAUUUCAAUAUGGCGCUGCCAUCAUCAGCCGUGGUGCCGCCAUGGAUGGAGAUCAUGUCGCGGAUGCCUCCGGCCAUGCUCAGAUUCGAGAGAUCCAGCUCAGACGGCACGAAGCUCGAUUUCUUGCCCUUCUACGAACGAAGCAGCGGUGGUUCUAGCAAGAUCCUCUGCCUGGAUGCAUCGGGUCGCUCCUUCUUGUAUGACAUUGACGCUGGCUCCUCCCAGCCAGUUCCAUGCCUCAACAGCCCCAAGGGGGAUAACCCCAUCUGCUUCUCCAUCACUAAUCCCGAAGCCCUCGACCCCGAGCAAGCUGAUGCCUUGUACGUUAUGAACAAGUUCCCUGUGAGUCGCAAUCCCUGCAACUUCGAGGUCCUCAAGUACAGCGACCCUUCCAGUUGCGAGAAGAUGGAAGGCUGGAAUUGGCACCGGCUCCCAUCACCGAUCGACUAUGUUGACGUUUCCCUUGUCAAGUGCCAUACGCUGCUUCACAUUGACGGUGAUCCAAUUUUUCUUGCCUCAUCUCCCAAAGGAAGUGCCAUGGGCACCCACUGCUUCAACACGGUCACCCGCAAGUGGUUUAAGGCUGGACGCUGGACGCUGCCCUUCUUUAACCGUGCUGAACAUGUACUGGAGCUCGGCAACCUUUGGUUUGGCAUCUGCAAUUCUAGUCCCAAUCACUUCUGCGCAAUUGACCUGUCAUCUAUUCACCCGGACAAGGCUCCGUCUUUGCUGUACAAUUGGCAAGACCUCGAUCUGCCUGAGGAUUGGGUGUUGCUAGAUUGCAGCUUUGUGUACUUGGGAGCUGGGAGGUUUUGCAUUACCAAAAUCUUUGAGUUUGGAGAGGACGAAGACACGGGCCACCCAACUGAGAUGGGUGCUGUGAUUUCUGGUGUGGAGGUGGUGCCCAGCGACAAAACACUGCAGAUGGUCAAACACAAGUCCAUAUUCUACAACUUCGUCAGGGAUAACAUCGUGUGUGUCUUCUAAGGUGAACUUAGAAAGGAAGCAAAUAAACCAAGGGAGUAGCAGCACUUCCUGGAGGAAUGUAACUGUCUGUUCUUUCCCUUUGGAACUGUCUGUUCUUUCCCAUUUCAUUACUAUUUAGAGGUUCCAGCAGCAGCAGUGAAAGUAACAUGGCUGUAACUUAUGCUCAGUUCCUUAGAUAUGUUAUGUCAUUCCAUUUACUUCUUGCCGCUUACUAUUGGUAAUCACAUAUUUUCUUAGCUGCUUC